UUUGCUUGAAUCGACAUGCUUAGCGAUUUUAUAUCCAUUUUUUACUGUUAUUUUGAAGUAAGAAUAUAUUCCUUUUCUUGUGGUGGUCCAGGCCUAAAUAUCAUGUUUUCUAACGAAUUUUAUUCUUGGUAUAUCUCUGCUUCACCAACAAGUGCUGUGUUGAAGGUUUCUUAGUUCCCCAUCCAUCUAUCUUGUUAGCAUUCUCUUGUUUAUUAUUUUGAAGACAAAAGCCAGGGAAUGUGGAAAGCCAGUGUUCGGAAACGUUUCUCUGAAGUCCACAAGGAUUUGGCCUUACUAGAGCUGCCUUUCCGCAUCCUUCAUAGUCAUCAUAUAGAUUGCAGUUUAUUUGCUCCCUGUGUCCAAAUGGACCUUGUGUUAAUGCACAGCCUGUGCAAAGACGGUUGAGCUGCUUUGCUGUUCAAUAAUCCUAAGCUGAAUGUUACAGAUAUUAUAUUAGUCGGAGGGGACUGCAGUAUUAUCUAAUAUUAGCAACUUUAGCAUUCAGAUGGAUAACAAAGUGAAUGUGUUGAUGAAAAGUUAUGAUUUAGGGAGAUUGCUAGGCCAAGGGACAUUUGCUAAGGUAUACUAUGCAAGAAGUCUCAAAACUGGGGAGAGCAUGGCCAUUAAAGUAAUAGACAAGGAAAAGGUUUUGAGAUUUGGGCUCAUGGAGCAGAUCAAGCGAGAAAUCUCUGUCAUGAGAUUGGUCAGACACCCUAAUAUUGUGCAACUUUUUGAAGUCAUGGCUACCAAAACCAAGAUCUAUUUUGUUAUGGAAUAUGCUAAAGACAGUGAGCUCUUUAGUAAGGUGGCUAAAGGAAGGCUAAAGGAGGAUGUUGCUCGAAAAUAUUUUCAACAGCUGAUCAAUGCUGUUGAUUUCUGCCACAGCAGGGUUGUCUAUCACCGGGAUUUGAAGCCAGAAAACUUGCUUUUAGAUGAGAAUGAGAAUCUUAAGGUUUCUGAUUUUGGGUUAAGUGCCCUUGCUGAAUCAAAGCACCAAGAUGGGCUACUUCACACAACGUGUGGGACUCCUGCAUAUGUUGCUCCUGAGGUAAUUAAUAGGAAAGGCUAUGAUGGAGUCAAAGCUGAUAUUUGGUCUUGUGGGGUGAUCUUAUUUGUUCUGUUGGCUGGUUAUCUUUCAUUUCAUGAUUCAAAUUUAAUGGAGAUGUAUAGGAAGAUAGGCCAAGCGGAGUUUAAAUGCCCCAAGGGGUUUCCACCUGAAGUACGCAGGCUACUGUUGAGAAUAUUGGAUCCAAAUCCAGAUCCCAGGAUCUCGAUCGCAAAUAUUAAGGAAAAUUCUUGGUUCAAAAGGGGAUUAAACUCUAAAUCAACAAAAAGUGCAACAGAGAGUCAGAAAACGGCUUCUUCAAAUAUAGAUGUACCUUCUGGUUCAUGUGAGAAUACUGCUAUGGCUGCUGAGGCAAAACAAGAGUUGGUGAAGAUUUCAAACUUAAAUGCAUUUGACUUGAUCUCCCUUUUUCCUGGUUUUGAUCUAUCUGGACUGUUUGAGGAACCAUGUCUGAAAAAAGUAGCAAGAUUCACAUCCUGGCAACCUGCCUCAGUCAUCAUCUCUAAACUGGAAGAAGUUGCUAAGCAUCUGAGACUAAAGGUGAGUAGAAGGGAUGGAGGGCUGUUGAAACUCGAAGGAAUGAAGGAAGGUAGAAAAGGAAUCUUGUCAAUUGAUGCUGAGAUAUUUGAACUCGCUCCUUCCUUUCAUUUGGUGGAGCUGAAGAAAUCUUGUGGAGAUACAUCGGAAUAUCAGAAGAUGUUGAAAGAGGGUAUACGACCUGGCCUCCAACCUAUUGUUGGGGCAUGGCAAACUAAUGAAAAACCAGAGCAGCCACUGUAGCAAUAACAACUGUGACAACAGCUGCUACUGCAGGAGCAGUUGUUACCUUGACUGUCAAAACAUUUCAAAAUUUUCACGUUUGUGUACUCUGUAAAUUUCUAUAAUCUGCCUUUCUCCUUGACGGCUGUAUCAUGUCCCUCCCUCUCAAUAAUCUGACCUUAACUUGGCAUAUGUGCUUGUUGGCUUCCUUUUCUUCCGUUUUCUUUCCCUUUCUUGCACAGUUGUGAUGAU